UUCUUUCUCUCUCUCUCUCUCUCUCUCAGUUUACAGCUUUCUCUCUCUAUUUUCUCUCUCGCUAUUUUCUCCCGUURUCUCCGCGUUUCCGCUGGUGGGAUUUUGUUGUCGGCUCUGUUUUUUCUGCGUUGCAGAGCUCAGAAACAGAGGGAGUGGUGGAGGAGCUGUAAAUUGUAAUGGGUUGCUUUCGCUGCACCGGUUCUUCCAGCAAGAAAUCGGAGAAAAUCGACCAGAAAAACCACAAUAGAAAGAUCGCUAAGCCUGAGGAUCUAGCGGCUUCAGAUAAAGCGAAAGUAGUUUCAAGUUUAGCAGUGAAGAAAGAUUCUGAUGUAAAGGUGGUCGUAUCUAAAGAUGACCAAUUGGCUUUAGAUGUAAAGAAAUUGAAUUUGAAAGAUGAGGUUUCUGAGGAUGGAGAAACCAAGGGCCGCGCCAAGACUUUUACGUUCGAGGAACUUGCAGCGGCGACGGGCAACUUCCGCUCGGAUUGCUUCCUGGGUGAAGGAGGAUUUGGCAAAGUUUACAAGGGGUACUUGGAGAAAGUUAACGAGGUUGUAGCAAUCAAACAACUUGACCGCAAUGGAGUUCAAGGAAUUCGGGAGUUCGUUGUGGAAGUCUUGACUUUAAGUCUAGCUGAUCACCCUAAUCUUGUAAAACUCAUUGGCUUUUGUGCUGAAGGGGAUCAGAGGCUGUUGGUGUAUGAAUACAUGCCAUUGGGAUCGUUGGAAAACCAUUUACAUGAUCUUCGACCUGGUGCAAAAGUAAUUGAUUGGAAUACAAGAAUGAAAAUAGCAGCUGGUGCAGCAAGGGGUUUGGAGUAUUUGCACGAAAAGAUGAAGCCCCCAGUUAUAUAUCGUGAUCUGAAAUGCUCAAACAUUUUGCUCGGUGAAGGAUAUCAUUCAAAACUAUCUGAUUUCGGAUUAGCUAAAGUAGGUCCCAGUGGGGAUAAAACACAUGUUUCAACCCGCGUUAUGGGCACAUAUGGGUAUUGUGCACCAGAUUAUGCAAUGACAGGCCAGCUGACAUUUAAAUCAGAUAUUUACAGCUUUGGCGUUGUUUUAUUGGAACUCAUAACUGGCAGGAAAGCGAUUGAUCAUUUAAAACCACAUUCAGAGCAAAAUCUCGUGGCUUGGGCGCGACCGCUGUUCAGAGACCGGAAGAAAUUCUCACAAAUGGUAGACCCGAUGCUCCAAGGACAAUAUCCCGUGAGGGGACUAUACCAAUCUCUUGCCAUAGCCGCAAUGUGCGUUCAGGAGCAGCCAAACAUGCGGCCAGUUAUAUCCGAUGUCGUUACCGCUUUAAACUACCUAGCAUCCCAGAAAUAUGACCCCCAAACCCAGCCAAACCAAAGCUCCCAAAGGAGACCAUCCUCUCCUAAACCGAAACGGGACGACGAUAAGAGGGAAACUUCAGACGACGGGUCUGAGAGAGAGUAAGGUGAGGAGGAUACAUUAUAGAAUGACAAAUGGUGAAUACUGUUCWGAAGCAUUCUUAUGAAGUGCCUAGUUAUCAAUUUUUGGGUCAUAGAUGAUAACAGGUACCUGGUAAGAUCUUUGAUCUUCCAGUAAAUUUGGGUCACAAGCUGAGAAUUUGUGCCCUUUUUUCUUCUUUUUUUGGGUCCUCCAUUGUAAAUGUGAGCUGAGGUUCUUUUGUAUGUAAGAUGCCUCUGUAGGAACCAUGCUCCAAUUUAUAGUUAUAGCCAUAAAUUCCUUUGCCAAUAA